CAGAGGUCGCACCAAGGCUGGCCCAUGUGAGCUCUUCCAGGAAGUGAGGCUGUGCCGUCCUGAAGAUGGGCCGGGCAGCUGGCGGCCUGGAGAUUUUGGAAUGAUCACUAAUGGGCAAGGAGUUUGAGUUCCUGAGGAUAUUUGCCGGUCAGUCCUGGCUGAGUCUCAGCAUUUCUCGGCAGAACCCAUUGAGAAGAAGGAAGAAGACAACAACAUGAGGAAGAAGAGGGAGCAGCCAAGAGAACGGUUCCAUGCCUGGGACUGCCCUCACGGCCUAGUUGGUUUACACAACAUUGGACAGACCUGCUGCCUUAACUCCCUGAUUCAGGUAUUGAUUAUGAACGUGGGCUUCACCAAGAUACUGAAGAGGAUAACAGUGCCAAGGGGAGUGGAGGAGCAGAGGAGAAGUGUCCCCUUCCAGCUGCUCCUGCUGCUGGAGAAGAUGCAGGACGGACGGCAGAAAGCAAUACGGCCCAUGGAGCUCGCCUGUUGUCUCCAGAAGUACAACGUACCACUGUUUGUCCAGCAUGAUGCUGUUCAACUCUACCUCACAGUCUGGAACCUAAUUAAGGACCAAAUCACUGAUGUGAACUUGGUGGAGAGGCUACAGGCCCUGUAUACGAUCCGGGAGGAUGCACUUCGCUGUUUCUUCCAGCCCAGGGAGUUAUCAGACAAAAGCAAGUUCUUCUGUGAAAACUGUGAGAAGAAGACCUGUAGGAAACAGGUCUUGCAGCUGACCCAUUUGCCCCAGACCUUGACAGUCCACCUCAUGCGGUUCUCCAUCAGGAAUAUGCGGACAGAAAAAAUCUGCCACUCACUGUAUUUCCCCCAGAGCUUGGAUUUAAAUCAGGUCCUUCUGACUGAGCGAGAUGCCUGUGAUGCUGAGGCACAGCCUGGAGGACAGUAUGAACUCUUUGCUGUGAUUGCCCAUGUGGGGAUGGCUGGCUUUGGUCAUUACUGUGCCUAUAUCCGGAAUUCUGUGGAUGGAAAAUGGUUCUGCUUCAAUGACUCCAACGUUUGUGGGGUGUCCUGGGAAGACAUCCAGUGUACCUAUGGAAAUCAUAACUACCGCUGGGGGGAAAUUGCUUAUCUUCUAGUUUACAUGAAGAUUGAGUCUUAAUGGAUGUGCCCUAAACCUCCAGAGACUGACGAAGUAUCAUUUACCUUUUCUGUUCCCGGAUCUGCUCUUAAGAGAUUUUGCAAUGAGAAGAAGCAUCGUUUUCAAGUUGUAUAAUUAAACUUUAUUUAUAAAUCAGGGGUGAUUAUCAAAAUAUUUAACAGUGACACUGCACAGGUCUAGAUGAGUCAGAAUAGAUACUUCCAACAGUGGACCCUAGCCACACAUCUGGAGUAGGGUCCUGAGUUCCCACUGUGCAAGGCAUUAAUCCUUUAGUGGGAGAUUAUGGGAAUCCAGGUGCCCCCAGGGGAUGAGAGACCUGGCCAGCAAUGGUAGUGGAAGGCAUUUGGGUGGCAAGGGCGUAGGGAAGUAGUUAAUAUUUUACAACUAGCCUGACCAUACUGGUAUGUACCAGGUGAAUAUUAUGAAAAAAAUUUUAGAGCCCAUAUUGUUUCCAUAAAACUCAAGUGUUUUGUAAUUGUUAUUCAUUUAUUUGACAAAUAUGUAUUGAUCACCUGUUCUCCAUAAGAUAGUGUGCUAGGCACAAUAAUCAAUAAAGUUUUUCUCUCAAAAGGA